AUUAACCCACUAAAACCAAACACAACAAAAACAAACGACAAAAGAGUGAAAGAUAACAACAACAACGAAACGGCGGGGAGAGAGGAAAACAGAAGAGCGACAAAAAAGCAUAAGCACGCGCACUGGAGGGAGAUCUUUCUCGUUUCGCGCGCGGGAUAUAAAAACACAGCAACAUAUCCAACGCUAUCGCCCCACCGUAUUCCACGUAAAGGACAGGAAGGACGGCGACAGUGCAUCCUGUGCACCGCUCCCGAAGAUAUAUAUUCGGAGAUAGAGAAAGGUUUUUUCUCUCUGGAAUUCCCACAUUAUUUGGCUUUCAUGUGGCCGCCUGAUUUGGACGAUUGAUAGAAGAAAGCAAUCCAGGAACUGGAGGAUUGGUCAUUGGAUUGGAUUCACGAUGGCAUCAUCGAGAACUGAAGGUGGAAGUGGAACUAGAAAUAGAGCUGGUUCGAGCCGCUGGCUGAUAAACUUCCUGCUGGCAGUGGCCGCCCUACAUCUGGAAGAAGGAGGUGGAGCCCAUGCCUUGCCCAUCACAUCGCGUCCCAUCGAGGGCAAUGCCCAGCGGAUGGCCUGGGACGAGUGGCUGAGCCUGCCGCUGGAGCAGAAGAGCCUCGAGAAGGAGAAGAAGGUGACGGCCAAGUCGAUAUUCACGCUCCCCUUCCGCCACUGUCCGCCGGGGCAUACGCUCUACAACGAGCACUGCAUACCGCAGAUCAACAUCGAUCCCGCCGAUCUCCUCAAGCAGGAGCUGAUCUACGCCAAUGCGGGGCCUCCCGGCUCUGGCAGUCCCACGGCCAUCAUCACGGACUACGACUACAGCGAGGACGGCAGCGAGGAGAUAACCGGCGAUGAGCUGCUCUACGACCUGGAGCCACAGUCGCAGCAAUCAACAGGAGAGGGCGAGGACCAGGCCCUGCCCAGUGCCGAUGCCCCAUUGAAGUUUAAUAUAUUCGAAAAGAAGUUUCCCACGGGACCGGCCACCGGUGGGGAGUUCUCACCAGAGGAUUCGCCCGAGGAGGAGACAGCCAGAGUGCCACCAAUAAAUGUGGCCACAUCAACCACUAGCACCACCACCACCACGCCGAGACCCACGGCCACAGCGACUCCGCAUCCGCAUCCGCAUUCGCUUCCAAAUCCAAAGCCAACUCCCAGCAAUCGCAUUCCUGAAGGAACAGGAGGAGGAGGAGGAGGAGAUCUCCAGGCUGCUUCCAGCAAUGCGCUGUCCACGACAUCGUCCACCAGCAGCAACAUUGACAUUGGCAACAUUGCGGCAAUUGUGGUGCCAGCGGGGGGUCAGCCGACGCCCCAAGAUGCCUCCUCAUCAUCCGUUCUGCUGGUGACAAGCGCCCUGACGACUGCCGCUUCGAAUGCGGAUGCAAAUGAGAGUGAAAAAACGAAUGCGAACGCGAAUGGAAAUACGAACGGCAGUGGAAUGGGAAAGUUUAAGGUGAAUGGCAAUGCGGAGGCGGAGGCGGAUCUGGCUCAGCUGCUCAAGGUCGAUGCAUUUCUGCCGGCCUACGAGGGCAGCAGCAUCGAGCUGCUGCCGCCGCCGCCGCCCUUCAAUCAUCGUCGUGUGGCGCCGCCGUUAAGCGCCGAUCAAGAUGAUCCAGAUACAGAGCAGGAGAUGCAUAAGGAUAUGGAUAUGGAUAUGGAUGAGAGAACCACCACAGAUAUUGUGGAUGCAAAGGACGAGGUCACUACUGACACAACGGAGACCACCGCAACCACCACCGUUGUGGAGGCGGAGACAACAAUGGAGGAGUCAUCGUCAUCGUCGUCAUCAUCAUUACCAUCGCCAUCUCCAGCAUCUCAAUCUUCAGCACAGCAUCCGCAAGCGCAUCAGAAAGAAGAACCAGAGAUAGAUGAAGGUGGAAAUCGCCUGCUUUUGAUAAAAUCGAAAGUGCAACCGGUUCAGGUGACAGCAGCAGCAUCGGCAGCAGCGACAUCCACAACAUCCACACAGUCCACAACCACGACCACGACGAUUGCAGCUGAAACCCAAGAAGCUGCCGCCACCGAAGACGACCGGUUUCGUUAUCAGCAGAUCCCCAAAGAUGUGCCUGCCACAACAACCACAGAGAUUCCCACCACAACCACCUCCAGCAGCAGCAGGAGCAACAUCUUCAAUGGAGAGCACCCUUUGCUGGGGGAGUUGGCGGAGGCGGAGAGUGACAAUUUAAUGACAAAUACCAUUGGUAGUGAGAUUCAUGUUGAUGAGGAAUUGCGAAAAAUAAACGAACUGGUAAAGGAAACGCGGCGAUUUUUGCAACAGCAGCAGCAGCCAACAUCCAGCAGCAGCAGCAGCAGCACUGAGGCAUCAUCAACGACUUAUGCCACAGAAAGUACUACAAAUUGGUCAAAGCUCAUGCAACAAACUGCAGCUAAAGCAUCAACAGAGACAACUGCAAUAACAAGAGCUGCAACAGAGAGCACUACCAGCAAUGUUGCAGAUAGCACCAUAACAGCAGCAACAUCUACAACAGCAGCAACAUCACAUUUAAGUAUUAAUACAAAUCGUAGCAAUAGAAAUAGUAAAAUAAUUAGAGUAGCGCAAGCUGAAGAUGAUCUUGUAGCAGAUGAAACAACGACAGUGGCAGCACCAACAGCAACAUCCACAGAAGCAACAUCCACAGCAGCAACACCCAACAGCAGUAGCAGCAGCAGUAGCAGCAGUAAGGAUGAUGAUGAUGAAUAUACACCGUUCUGGUGGUUGCCGAAUAUUGGCUGGCGCCUCGAUCGCCAAGUCGACAGGAAUGGCGAGGAUCGGGCGCUGUUGUUGCGCUUCUUUAGCACAUUUCGAGCGGGCGAUGGAGCGAUGUCCUCCACGCUGCCACCGCGACGCUAACAGCCAACAGCUAACAGCCAACAGCUAGCAUCAGCAGUUGAGAGAGUAGAUAGGGCGAGAGAUCUGUGCUCCCUGUGGCUCUUGUAACCGUGAAGAGAGUCGCCUGGAGCAACAGUGUUGAUCAGCGCCGAGCAGGGUUGAGCAGCGCAGGGUGUAGUGUCGUGUGUCAGCAACAGCGUUUUCAAUUCGUGUUGAAGUCUGUCCCCAGUUGUUCGUUCACCUUUACACCAAAACCAAUCAACGGAUCCCCUUUGGAUCUUCUACUUUUUGUAUUCUUUUCUAUCUUUUGUAUAUCCCAGCCAGUCCUUUUAUGUUUUAGUCUUUUAUCAAUGCCAAAAUUCCCUAGAUCCCCCGAAUUUGUAAAUAGCAACAACAACAUUUGUUUCAUUAUUAUGAUUACUUCUUGAUUGGCAUUGUUUUUUCUUUACAUAUUUAAUUUCCCCUAUUUUUUUUUUGUGUUACAAUAUUUGAAAGUGCUGCAUGUUUUAAGUUGUUGAUUUAAUUUUAGUCAGAGGUGUUUUUUUUUUAUUACAAUAGUUUUAUAUGGCACUGCUGCUGCUGCUGUCGUUGGUGCCGCCGCCGUCGGAGAAACCUUAGCAAUAUUUAAUUGUGAUUAUUUACGGAAUAGAACCCCUAGACCUAAGAACCAUAUAAAUGUAUUUUGUAAAUCCAGCGGAGUGGAAUGGAAUCUAUCGAUGUAUUGUAUUUUUUUUUUAUGAACUAAUAUUAUUAUUAUUAUUAUUGUAUUGUAUAAUCCAGCAUUUGUUGUAGCUCUGUCUCUGUGUAUAUACAUUUAAUUUUAAAGAUGGUUUCAGGAUGCCACCACAAAGAUGUCUCUGUAUCUUCUUGCUAGCACUUAAGCGUACUAUUUAUGAUAUUCCCCCAACACACACCCACACUCGUAUUGUAAACCAAACUAAAAGCUAAACAAAACCCAAACUAAACGUAGUGCAUGUACAUAGGAAAUAGCGAUCUGCGUUCGUUUCGAUCGUCUUGCCCACAGGAUACAGUCCCUGUGUCCCCCUAUGUCUCUGUGUAUCUCUGUAUCUAUGGCCACGCAAAGAAAGUGUGAAACGAAACGAAAGAUGUGUUUUUUUUUUUUGUCUCAAUUGAAAUUCUACCAACAACCAAAGUUCUGAAGAAAAACAAAUACGAAAAAU